AUGGGCGAGCGUUGUUGUGCGGCGCUGGUGCGGGUGCUGGUGCUGCAGGCGGCCUGGGCGCUGUCGGGCGGGCAGGUGCGCUACUCGGUGCCGGAGGAAGCCAAGGCCGGCACGGUGGUGGGCCGUCUGGCGCAGGACCUGGGCCUGGAGGCGGGCGAGGCGGAGGCGCGGCGGCUGCGGCUGGUGGCGCAGGGCCGGCGGGCGAGCGUGGAGGUGAGCGGGGCGAGCGGCGCGCUGCUGGUGAGCUCGCGGCUCGACCGGGAGGAGCUGUGCGGCAAGAGCGCGCCGUGCGCGCUGCGCCUGGAGGUGCUGCUGGAGCGGCCGCUGCGCGUCUUCCAUGUGCAGCUGGAGGUCACCGACAUCAACGACAAUGCCCCCGUCUUCCCCGCCGCCCGGAAAAACCUCAGCAUCGCGGAAUCGUCUCUGCUGGGGUCUCGUUUCCCACUGGAGGGGGCGUCGGAUGCGGAUAUCGGGGCGAACGCGCAGCUCACGUACACACUCAGCCCCAGCGAAUAUUUUACACUCGAUGUGAAAUCGUCGGAUGAAAACAGAAAGUCUCUGUUUCUGGUACUCGCAAAUUCCUUAGACCGCGAGACAAUUCCCGUGCACCGGUUGGUGCUGACGGCGACUGACGGGGGCCGGCCGUCUCUGACGGGGACAAUGGAGCUGGUGAUCUCGGUGCUGGAUGCGAACGACAAUCCGCCCCAGUUCAACCAAUCCGUGUAUAAAGUGCAGCUGCCGGAGAACGCUACAGAGGGGACGCUCGUAGUACGUGUGAAUGCCACGGAUCCGGACGAAGGAAGCAAUAAGGAGUUUUCUUACAGCAUCUUGGGUUCGACUCCUAUUGGUAACAAAGAACUCUUUACUAUUGACACCAAGACGGGCGAGAUCAGACUGAAGAGUACUUUGGACUUCGAAGACGUUCGUUUACAUGAAUUGCAAGUCGAAGCGACGGAUAAAGGGACACCACCGCUGUCGGGUCACUGCAGCGUGGAGCUGAAGGUGCUGGACGUGAACGACAACGCGCCGGAGGUGUGGGUGACGUCGCUGUCGGUGCCGGUGGCGGAGGACGCGUCGGUGGGGACGGUGGUGGCCCUGCUGAGCGUGUCGGACCGGGACUCGGGGGAGAACGGUCGCGUGCGGUGUUGGGUGUGGCCGGCGUCGCCGUUCGGUCUGGAGGCGACGUUCUUGGGCUCGUACUCGCUGGUGCUGCGCGAGGCGCUGGACCGGGAGCGGGUGUCGGAGUACGAGGUGGAGGUGCGUGCGGAGGACGGCGGGGCGCCGGCGCUGCGCGCCAGGCGCGGGCUGCGGGUGCCGGUGUCGGACGUGAACGACAACGCGCCCUUGUUCGCGCAGGCCGUGUACACGGUGCUGGCGCGGGAGAACAACGCGGCGGGCGCGGAGCUGGCGCGGCUGUGGGCGCGGGACCCGGACGAGGCGGCCAACGGGCGCGUCAGCUACUCGGUGUGGGACGGCGGCCUGGGCGUGGGCGUGGGCGGCGGGGCGGCGGGGUCGUCGUCGUCGUCGGGUGGCAUGGGGUGGCGUCCGGCGUCGAGCUACGUGUCGGUGGACGCGGAGAGCGGGCGCCUGUGGGCGCUGCAGCCCUUGGACUACGAGGAGCUGCAGGUGCUGCAGUUCGAGGUGCGCGCGGUGGACGCGGGGGAGCCGGCGCUGAGCGGCAACGCCACGGUGCAGCUGUUCGUGCUGGACGAGAACGACAACGCGCCGGCGCUGCUGCCGGCCGCGGGCUCGGCAGCGGAGGCGGCGGCGGCGGCGGCGCUGGCGGGGGCGGGCUCGGAGUCGGGCACGCUGUGGGCGUGGGCGGCGUGGGGGGCGCCGGCGGGGCAGGUGGUGGCCAAGAUCCGCGCCGUGGACGCCGACUCGGGCUACAACGCGUGGCUGCGCUACGAGCUGUGGGAGCCGCGGGGCAAGGGCCCGUUCCGCGUGGGGCUCUACAGCGGCGAGGUGAGCACGGCGCGGGCGCUGGACGAGGCGGACGGGCCUCGCCAGAGGCUGCUGAUCGUCGUGCGCGACCACGGCGAGCCGGCGCGCUCGGCCACGGCCACGCUCAGCGUGUCGCUGCUCGAGGCCGCCGAGGCGGCGCUGGCCGCGGGAUCCUCGGCGGCGUCGUCAUCGUCGUCGUCGUCGGCGGUGUCGCGCUCGGCGGCGGGCGCGGAGCUGGGGCCCGGCGCGGCGAGCGCGGCCACCAACGUGUGGCUGGUGGUGGCCAUCUGCGCCGUGUCCAGCCUCUUCCUGCUGGCCGUGGUGCUGUACGGGGCGUCGCGCUGGGCGCCGCGGGCGGCCGUGCUCUCGGGGCCCGGGCCCACGACGCUCGUGUGCGCCAGCGAAGUGGGCAGCUGGUCCUACUCGCAGCGCCACAGCCGCAGCCUGUGCGUGGCGGACGGCGCUGCCAAGAGCGACCUCAUGGUUUUCAGCCCCAACUUCCCUCCGCCGCCGCCCGGCCCUGCAGCCAAGGACACGCAGCCGGAGCCCUCCGCUCUCCUCGGCACGCCAAAACACCCCAACCCGGACUGGCGCUACUCUGCAUCCCUGAGGGCAGGAAUGCAAAGUGCUGUGCAUAUGGAGGAGGCAGGAGUCCUGCGUGGAGGAGCAGCAGGGCCUGACCAGCAGUGGCCAACAGUCUCCAGUGCUACUGCAGAACCUGAGGCGGGAGAGGUGUCCCCCCCAGUGGGAGCUGGUGUGAACAGCAACAGCUGGACCUUUAAAUUCGGACCCGGCAAUUCCAAACAAGGUGGUCCUGGUGAGUUGCCAGACAAAUUCAUUAUCCCAGGAUCUCCUGCAAUCAUCUCCAUCCGGCAGGAGCCACCAAACAACCAAAUUGACAAAAGUGACUUCAUAACCUUUGGCAAGAAAGAAGAGACCAAGAAAAAGAAGAAAAAGAAGAAGGGGAACAAGACUCAGGAGAAAAAAGAAAAGGGCAACAGCACCACUGAGAACAGUGACCAGUGAGGGAGUUAUACUGAAAAAACCCUCUUAGCCAGUUUUUGUAAUAAUGGCAGAUUUCUCCUAUGUAGCAAAUCCCAACUUCUUCCUAUUGUUAACAAAUUUCCUGUAUAUACAGACUUGAGAAAAUCAGCAGGAAAUUCAGUGUCUGUCUAAAUUGCUUAACAGGUUUUGUCUUAAAAGCUUUAUUAAGUCUGGUGUUAACUCUUUUUCUCCACUCUGGCUUGUUUUCAGAAUCUAAAAAGCAGACACAAGUUUCCUUUCUCCUACGCCGAAAAGGAGAAUCUUCACAGUACAGCCAGUGAGAGGUUGGACUCUGCACUGUGGUUCCUGUGCUCCUGUCUUGAUGACACUUACAGGACAGGUUUAAAAGUUUUAAUGUUGUGCACCCUCUAUCUGAUUGGAAAUAUUUGUGUGCAGAUGUCAGCUAGGUGAUACGAGAUCAGAUUAUAAAAUGCAAGAAGAGCUGGUAAAUAUGCAACAGAGGAAACACCUAAUGAACACAAAUGUUCAAAGAUGUUCAGGCUGGGGAGAAAAUGUCUGAAAGGAGAUGAGCAGACUUAUCAAAUCCUGAGAAGUCACUGUGUGGAAAUACUGACUCCUAUACUUGACGUAUUGUACACACUGCUUCAAAUGAAACCUCACAUUUACAGCUCUUUAAGACACCAUAAAUUCUAUCUCUUUACCAAGCAAGCCAUUGGAAAAAUUGUCCCUUAAAGCCCUGCAUUGCCCUGGUAAGGCUAGCCCUCAGAGAGUAACAAGGGCUGGGCUGACAUCCCAGGAAUGUAACUGUGAUGCUGUGUGUCCCUAUUUCCACAUAAUUUUGCACAUUAUGUCUCUGAAAAGGUCAGAGUUUUUCCACGACACUUAUGCAAAAGAGAGAAAAAAAGUAACAUUAACUAUGCUAUUUGUUAUUUGAGAUAUUUAUUUAUAAAGAAAUAUAGCUGUAAAUGUUAAAGAAAUAUGAUGCCCUUUAACCCAAACAGAAGUCAGUCUAGAGCCAUUAUAAAUUACAAUUGCUGCUAUUAAAGUGCUUUAGAAAAAUUGCCUGAAACAUCUGUAUUAUAUCGGCCACUUGCCAAUCACAGCUUUAUUCUGUCGGGUGACUUGGGGGCUGCCUCUUGCAUGUAAUAAUAAAUACAAGAAUAUCUUUUUUUUUUUGCAUUAUUCUGCACUUUGAAUACACCUUUGCAAACAAACUGUCCUAAUAUGAAGAAGCAGAAGCGAACUCCUCACACAGAUGGAUUUACUAACCUGCUAGCUCUGUGCAGUACCUUGGUGUUACCUCCCACACGACCUUUUCUGAUUUUAGUUUUACUUUUCUAUGAGAUUAUGAAUUUCUGACCCUACUAACACUCCUUAUGUAAAAUUCAAGUACUGUAUGUAUGCUGUAUGCUCUUAUAAGAAUCCUGAAAUAUUUAUUCUGUGCUUGUGUAUGUGAAUGUCAAUGCAACUAUUAUUAGAGUGGACUUUAAGCUUUACCGUUGAAUGUAAAUUCAUUAUUUCUUUUUUGUACACUUGUGGAAAAGUGGAGUAGUGUUAAUUUUUUAAGCCACUGUUGAUUAUCAGUUUCUUUUGUGUAUGAAACACAAGUAAAAUAUCUUUCUUAAACCAA